AAGUACCAUGUCUUUAAACAUUUUGUUUCCAGGGGGGCAGUGCGGGCCAUGAGGAAGGCCAAAAAGUGUCUCACUCCCUGGAUCAGAAAGCUCAUAAUUAGCUGGGUCAUCGCAAGCACCAGCACCAGUGUAGAUACUACCAUGACCUGGUAGUAUAUGAGGAGCUGUAGGUCACGGGGGCAUUUGCCAAAGUCGUAGGAGAAAGCAGUUUAGGGACAGGGACUGCACGUCAAACUAAUUGCCAAAUGUAUCCAAAGAGAUGAAUUAAUGAAUUAUCUGAAUUAAUGAAUACAAUGAGGAGCAGGUUACAACAUUCUGGAACACGUGAUGUUAUAAUCAGAUUCUUCUAUUACAUCAUGUUGGGUCCAUAUCUUGUGUAUGUUUGACAGUGAACAGUAAACCCAAUUCACUUUUACAAAGCACAGCUAGCCAACUAGUAGUUUGACUUGUAAUUUGUACUGCCUACUUUUGAAAGACGAUUUCUUUAAUCAAAAUGGCACAGCUCUCCCAGAAGGGUGGGCUGUGCAACAUGAAGAUGUUAUUGUUGGUUGUUAUUUUCUGUCUCCUUUCGCCUGUUGCUGCAAAUGUGUUGGUGUCUUCAGAGCACAAGACUUUGAUGCCAGUGAAGGACCACCCUAUUCUGAACAACCCUGAUGCUACAAAAGAACAAGUUGAUAGUUUACGGGUGAAAGACUAUUCUUCUCCAGGUCAUGUGGGCCAGUUGACAAAAGGAUAUUCCUCAAAAAAUGUCAAAGAACCCCCGGACUUUGUAGAGCCCCUGAUUUAUGUUCCAGAGCACAAGCCGUUGAUGCCAGUGAAGGACCACUCUGUUCAGAACAACCCUGAUGCUACAAAAGAGACCAAUUUUAAGUCAUUGCUGGAACAACUUGAGAGUUUACGGGUGAAAGACGAUUCUUCUCCAGAGCACAGGCCUUUGAUGCCAGUGAAGGACCACCCUGUUCAGGACAUCCCCAAUGUUGCAAAAUGGACCAAAAUGGUGCAAGUGGACCAGAUGCUGGAACAACUUCAGAGGAUGAAAGAUGAUACUUUCCCAGGUAAAGCUAAAGUCCCACAGAUGAUUGUGGAGAAACUUAUUCCUUAUCUACAGGCUUACAAGCAAAAAGCAUUGCAAGGUGACAACAACGUCUUCAAAGAAAAUCUUCAGGCUCCAGCUCCAAAAGCUCAGAAGAGCACCCUGAAGAUCAAACCCAGAGUCAACAUAUUGACUGACCCUUCUUACUCCGAGCCACUUGUGAAGGUGAACCUGAUUUUGGGGCUUGUUUUCUAUGGCUUCAUCGUAAUAGUGGUUCUCUAUGAUGCUGUGAGAAUCUCCAAGGAGGCUAGAAGGCGAUCUGAUGCUAUUGCCACUGCCAGGUUGAAGAAAAGGGAACCAGCCACCGCUGAACCACAGACACUGGCAUCCAGAGUUCGGGAGAGCAUCUCUUCACGGUUUGGUUUGAAACAAGCAUCAUCCACACCACAGUGUGCCCCCAUUUCUGACGAUUCUGCAAAAGAGUUGCAGAAGUCAAAGGAGUUCAUCUCCACUAAGGACAAAUCUGAGUCGGAAAAGAGACCUGGAAAGAGUGCUGUCAGCCUGAGAGAGUGUGAGCCGCCUCUGCCUAGCAUCCCAGAUAACUUCCUUGUGCCUGACUCUGAGCCUGCCAUCCAGGUGGCAUUGAACCCAUUCGACACCAAGCUAGCCAAAGUUGUAUCUGACAAUGCUGAGGCAUCCAACUACGAGGCAACCGAGAAGCCCUGCUACACACAGUCUGGGCUCACUGAGGUUUGCGUCAAUUAAGACUGAGGACUACUUCUUAAACCAAGUGAUAUUGAAUAAAAGCUGCAGAUAUUACAUCUCCAAAUGAGAUCACAUGGAGACUGCCACCUUUGAAGACUUCCAUUUUCUGUUUGUAAUUUAAUUUCUUUAGAAUAGUAAUAAAAAUA